AUGAACUACAAUUCCCAGCAUGCUGCAGGAGCACAAUGUUUAGCGUUGCAGAGAAGACUCCAACUCCCAGAGUGCCCCCGGCCUACCCAGCUCCUGUCUGCACGGGGUCAAAGUAGCCCAGCCUCUCGGAUCUCCCGCACUCCCGGAAGAGAGUGUCCACCGCUCCUGCGGGAGAGGAAGGCGAGUUUCGCAGCCAUGCUCCGCAGACUGGCCCGGACCGUGGUCCCGGGGCUCAAGGUGCCCUGGGCGCGGUGGUCUAGGAACUGGGCGGGGGUCCCAGACCAGGUGGUAGACCUGCGCAGCGACACGGUGACCCGUCCAGGGCCGGCCAUGAGGCGCGCCAUGGCCGAGGCGGUCGUGGGAGACGACGAUUACGGCGAAGACCCCACGGUCCUCGAACUGCAGGAGAAGGCUGCGAAGCUGCUUGGGGUGGAGCAGACCCUGUUUGUGCCAACCAACACCAUGGCCAACCUCAUCUCUGUGAUGGGUCACUGCCGGCGCCGGGGCUCCCAGGUCCUCCUUGGGCAGGAAUGCCACCUCCACGUCUAUGAGCAGGGCGGGGUGGCUCAGAUCGCCGGGGUGCAUUCCCAGCCUCUCCCAGACAUGCCCCAUGGCACCUUGGACCUGAACGAGCUGGAGAGGGCACUCACUCGGGGUUUCAGGAACUCCUACCAUCCAGUCUGUGAGCUUGUGUGUCUGGAGAACACACACAGCAGCGCAGGGGGCCGGGUCCUCCCCAUUGACUACCUCCGCCAGGUGUGCCUCCUGGCCCACACCUACGGAGCACGGGUUCACCUGGAUGGGGCGCGGCUGAUGAACGCAGCUGUGGCUCUGCGCGUGCCCCCUGCCCGCCUCGUGGAGCACUGUGACUCUGUGUCCUUCUGCUUCUCUAAGGGUCUUGGUGCACCAGUCGGGGCGCUGGUCGGUGGAGCCAAAGGCUUCAUUGAGGAAGCCUGGCGCCUCCGCAAAGCCCUGGGUGGAGGCAUGCGCCAGGCUGGAGUACUGGCUGCGGCUGCCAUGGUGGGACUGGCUGAGGCAGAGGAGGUGCUGCCAAGGGAUCACGAGAAUGCCCGGAUAUUCGCUAAAGGACUCCGGGACCUGGCAUCACCCAUUUGCUUUGUGGAUCCUGACACUGUGGAGACCAACAUGGUGCUGGUGCAGGUGGCGGGGCUGCCUCCUGCAGAGCUGUGCCAGCGCCUACAGGCUGUGAGCAUUGAGGAGGUGUCUCAGACUGGCCGUGCUGUGAGCGUGCUGCUCUUUCCCUGGACAGAACACUCUGUGCGGACCGUGUGGCACCGGGAUGUGUCUGCUCAGGACACGGAACUGGCGCUAAGGAAGUGGGAGUUUGUGCUGAGGCAGCUGAGGCCCUGAGGUCCGGGAACCAGGAACCCUGUGCCCUGGCUAGGAUUGAAGUGUGGAGUAAACUGGUCCAAGCUAUUAGCCUA